UAGUCACUUGUUCGUGUGCGUGAGAGUGCGACAGCAGUACGGCCGAUUGCAGCGCGACUUGCAGUAAAGGAGAAAAAUUAAAAGAAGUUGUGAAUUGCAGACCUUCCACUGCAGCAAAAAAGAAAUAAAUGUAUUUUCUGUCCAAACAAAUAAAAAUGGCACAACGGACUGGUUAAGGCAAACAAAGUGUAGUAUUUGCGGCACARGCAAUAUAACAACAACAACAAGGGCAAGAACAAGACGCUGGUGCGGCCACUCCUUUUGUGCCCGUUGUCUCGCUCCAGAAUCUGUGAAAAUGAAGUGUGUGUGUGCGUGCGUUCGUGUGUGUUGUAAUUGAAAAAGUAAAGAAAAAAGUUGUGGCUACUGCAUUUAAUUAAAAAGUAGUUCUGUGUGUAGGCAAUAAAAGUGAAAAUUCUACAAAGCACCGUACAAAAAUGGCAAAGUGGGGUUUUUUACGUCUGCUGUCUACAAAAGCUUAAGCUAACUUAACUAGAGAUAAGCGAGCGAACAUAGACACGCACACAAACAUAUACAUACGUACACAAAUAUACACAUACAUAGCACGACGGGUGCUCGUGUGUGUGCUUGUUUAUGACUCACGGCUGGCCCUGUGAGUGUGACUGUCGAGUGAGUUGUGCGAGUGCAAGUGAGAGGGCGCUAGAGCGCUACCUACGGCAACAAAACAACAAAACACGCUUCAAUAGAAUUUCCCAAGCAUUUUAAAGAAAUUUCCAGCGUUGCAGAAAGCAAAGAAUAUAGAGAUUAAGAAAAAGAGUGAGAGAGAUAGAAACAACAAAUAUAUAAACAUGAGUUUCGCCAAGUGGUUCAAGAAGAAGGAGCAAAUCUCCGAGAUUGGUGCCCCGACAAAUUUCCAGAGGCAUUUUCAUGUCUCACGCAACCAGGAGACAGGCGACCUGGAGGGUCUGCCCACGCCAUGGGUGCGCCUGAUGAAUACACAAAUUACACGCGACGAACAGGACAAAAAUCCAGAUGCCGCAUAUCAUGCAGUCAAAUAUUACAAUUACUCAAUCAAAAAGAAGGAGCAGGAGGUGUUUAAGCCGUUCAUUACGGAGGAUGUUAUACACGAAGAGUCCAAAGAGAUUGAUAACUAUGUCAAUUACAAGAACAAGCACAAAUCGCAGGAUAUUGAUAAAUCUGACGACGAUGGAAGCGGCAGCUCAACGGCUACCGAGAGCAGUAGCAGUGGAUGCGGCAGCUCUGCGGCGAAUAGCAACAGCAGCAGCUUGAACGAUAGCAGUCAACAGUCAGUCAUACCGCUGGAUGCACUCAAUGAAGUGAUCAAAGAGCUGGAAUCGAAUUUGGGCCGUGAGACACUCAAGCCAAUUAAGGCGAACAGCGGACUGGAGCCGCCGCCUGUGCCGCCUAAGAAAUCGCCCCAUCAACUGCCGCCCAAGCCACAAAUCAAGCCCAAACCCGCAAGCAUCAUUCAACACAAAUUAUCACGUGAUCUGCGUGGACAGGAUGGAGAGCUGCAGAGCAAGAUCAAUACUGAUACCAUAAUCAUCAAGCCCGCUGCUGCGGGCAGUGGGAGCCAAGAGGGUGGCAUCGAUGCCGAUGCGCCCGAGGAAACAAUUCUACGUCGCUCGAAGGAGAAGAGGUCCCAGAAAACGGAUGCAGAGAUCUAUGAUGAGCUGCGAGCCAUAUGCAAUCCAGAAGAUCCGCGUGAGCGUUACAAAACCAGCCAGGAGGUGGGCAAGGGUGCAUCGGGCAUUGUAUUUAUAGCUGGCGAUAAGCAGACGGAAACCCAGGUGGCCAUCAAAACAAUUGAAAUGAAAAAUCAAUCCUCCAAGGAUCUCAUAUUAACCGAAAUACGUGUGCUCAAGGACUUCAAUCACAAGAAUCUGGUCAAUUUCCUGGACGCCUACCUGCUCGAGCCAGAGGAUCAGCUCUGGGUGGUUAUGGAGUACAUGGAUGGUGGCCCCUUAACAGAUGUGGUCACCGAAACAGUGAUGAAGGAGCGCCAAAUAGCGUGUGUCUGCCGUGAAGUUCUCUAUGCGAUCAGUUUUCUGCACGCGAAGGGGAUCAUACAUCGGGACAUCAAGUCGGAUAAUGUGCUGCUGGGCAUGGAUGGCUGUGUGAAGGUGACGGACUUUGGUUUUUGUGCCAACAUCGAGGGUGACGAGAAGCGCCAGACCAUGGUGGGCACACCCUACUGGAUGGCGCCCGAGGUGGUGACACGCAAGAAGUAUGGCAAAAAGGUGGACAUCUGGUCGAUUGGUAUCAUGGCCAUUGAGAUGAUCGACGGACAACCGCCGUAUCUGUAUGAGACACCGUUGCGUGCCCUCUAUCUAAUCGCGGCCAAUGGACGACCUGAGAUAAAGAGCUGGAGCAAGCUGAGUCCCAACUUGCAGGAUUUCCUCAAUCGUUGCCUGCAAGUCGAUGUCGACUGCCGGGCCACAGCCGACGAGCUGCUCAAGCAUCCAUUCCUCGACGAUUGCAGCGAGGUGAAGGCUCUGGUGCCCAACAUUAAGGCUGCCAAGAAGGUGCUACGUCGCAAUGUAUAGUUAAUGUGUCAGCCACAUCGACGAGCUGGCCAAUUGCUCUAUGCGUGAUGUGUGAAUCAAUACCCACUCUAUCAAUACAAUCGUCCUGUAUAUUCGUAUGGCCCGUUUGAUCCCCACUCUCCUUCACGUUUGGUCAACAUUCUUUUAGAUCUGUAUAAAUUUCGACAAACAAACAAAAAAUCUGGAACAAAAUGCUGAUUAGUCUUUCAUGUAGUCAACGACAAGAGAAACAACAACAAUAAUCGUAACCAAACACGAUAUAUAUAUAAUAUAUAUGGCUAAAUAUAUAUAUGUAUAUCGGUCCGCCUGUCGAUCAGUCCAACUGACGCACGCAUUGCACAUCGCUGGACGAUAAUAACGUUAAUUGCACAAGGCCAAUGGGUUGCCGCUAAUCACAACAAUAACAACAGCAACAACAAGAUGAAGAAGCCGAGCAGAACGCAGAAGGUGCAAAGCAGUGACGUCACAGCAGCAGCAGCAACAGCAGCAACAGAUGAAAACGCAGCAGCUUACGGAGUUUGGUAUUGAUGUAGAUUAGGCGCUUAGCAAUUGUUCGACUGGUUUUUCUUUUUGCGUACUAUAUUUUAAUAUGCCUGAGACAUAUGAU